AUGAGGGCAUCUGAUAUUCUGCUGCGGCCGUACCGCAAGCUGCGGCUGACGGUCAAAGACAUCAACAAGGGAUACUACAAGGGUACACGUACAGGCUCCAUGGGUCGCCACACAAAGCGCGGUGGCUACGUCAUCGAGUACGAAAAGGUCCGGACCUACGUGGUGCCAGGCCUGACCGAAUUCAAGCUCACUCCAUUUAUCACAAAACGCAUCCGGCCAACAUUCGGUGUGUACCCCGGCUCCGAAGAGGAUAACGCAGGCCCGCGGAGUCCCAUAGCAUAUCUAGCACGGUGGAAGGCAGAAAACGGGCUGGAUUGA